GUUGGUAACACUUCAACCGCGAUCGCCAUUUUUCUCAAACGUCACUGCGCUGCCUCUGCUUGCGUUGCGUGAGUUAGUCGGUGACUCGGUCGGUGACGCGUUGUUUUAAUUAAAUUUAAUAACGGUAAUUAAAAAUAAAAAUCUUCUACUUAACAGUGUUAGCAGUAGAAUGCAAAUGCAAGCCAUGAAUCAAUUCGGCAAUCGUGGUUUUGGUGGUCCACCUCAACCUCAAAGACAGGGCCGUCGUGGUCAUCAUCGUGGAGGCUUCCGCAAUACGAGAUUUGAUCACAAUAUGCACAAUGCGCAAAGGAAUAUGAAUCACGGUCAAGGAGGUCAACGGCCUAAUGAGGUUAAUAAACCAGCUCAACCUGCUGCGAAACCUCAACAACAAAACCAGGCUCAAGUUAAGGCCCAACCACCUCAACAACAACAACAACAGCCCCAACAGCAGCCUAAACCUGAAGUGCAGCAAACACCCGCACCUCAGGCCCAGCCCCCCAAGCAACAGACUCCUCAGCAGCCUCAAGCCAAACCUCAGCAGCAACCCCAGCAGCAGCAGCAGCAACAGCAACAACAACAGAAGCCUGCUCCUGUUGCUCAACCAAAGAAUGACUCACAGGAUCAAGUGGAUAAAUCAAUCAAUGUUGAGCAGAAGCCACAAAACCAACACAAUAAUCAAAAUCAACAACAAAGGAACCUUAAUGGCAACUUUGGAGGCAACAAGCAACAGGGUGGUUGGGGAGGCCAAGGAAAUCAAGGCAACAAACAGGGUGGCAACUUUGGACAAGGCAAUAAACCAUUUGGUGGUCCUAAACAAGGUGGUCCUGGUGGACCUCCUCGCAAUCAACGUCAAAAUAUGCGAGGACCUCAGCAGGAUGGAGGAAAACCAGUGCAAAGGGAGGAACAUAUGUUGGCAAACAAACUUAAAGAUUUGAUGGGUCCCUUGAUGGAUUUGCCUCCAAUUGAUCAAACCGAAGUGAAGUUUAAUGGAAGAAGUAGGUUGUACAUUGGUAAUCUCACUGGUGAUGUCACUGAAGAUGAAAUUACCAGCCUGUUCGCACCCUUUGGUGAAACAGCAGAGCUAUUCCUUAAUAAAGAGAAAAACUUUGGAUUCAUUAAAAUGGACUACAGGGUCAAUGCUGAGAGGGCAAAGAGGGAAUUAGAUGGAAAAAUGAGAAAUGGAAGAACACUACGAGUAAGAUUUGCUCCUCACAACAGUGCUGUCAGGGUGAAAAAUCUCCCACCAUUUGUAUCAAAUGAACUUUUGUACCGUGCAUUUGAGAUAUUUGGGAAAAUUGAGAGGGCAUAUGUACGAGUAGAUGAAAGAGGGAAGACACUUGGAGAAGGAGUUGUAGAAUUUGCACGUAAACCUAGUGCAUUAGCUGCCAUUCGUAAUUGCACUGAGAAAUGUUUCUUCUUGACUUCAUCUCUGCGUCCAGUUAUUGUGGAAAGCUUUGAGGAGCCUGAUGAGUUUGAUGGCUACCCAGAAAAGAACCUGCCCAAAAAGCACCCUGAAUUCCUACGUGCCCGUGAGCUUGGACCAAGAUUCUCAGAGCCUAGUAGCUUUGAACAUGAGUAUGGUACAAGGUGGAAGCAGUUGCAUGAGCUUCACCGCCAAAAAGAGGAGGCACUCAAAAAGGAAUUAGCUGCAGAAGAAGAGAAAUUAGAAGCUCAGAUGGAGUAUGCAAAAUAUGAGCACGAGACUGAGCUGCUCCGCGAGCAGUUGCGGCAGCGCGAACAAGACCGCGAGCGUCAGAAGCGCAGCUGGGAGCUGGCGGAGCGCGCGGCCGACGAGCGCCGCGACGCCGAGCGCCUGCAGCUGCUGCGCCAGGAGGAGGAGCUCGCGCAGCGCAUGCGCCAGCAGGACGACGAGCUGCGCCGCCGCCAACAGGAGAACACACUUUUCGUGCAGGCACAACGUUUGAACUCAAUGCUGGAUCGCCAAGAGCAAGGCAUGUUUGACCAGCAACAGCCAAUGGAUGGAGGCUACAGAGACCAGUACGACAUGCCCCGUGGGAGUUAUGAUGACAUGCCGCCAAAUCGCGGUUGGGAAGGACCGCGCCAAAUGGACGAUUACCCUAACAAACGUCGCCGUUUUUAAAACUGCUCUUAAGAGCAAAUAGUGUGUAAAUCCGUGUUUCCGACUGUGGAGCAUUUUAUACUGUUUCGUGGUCGUUGGUUGGGUGCAAAUAAAGGGAAAUUGACAAAAUUAUUAGGUGAAAACGUAUGAGGGCAAAUGUCGGUUUGUAUACAAACUUAUGGACCGGCCAGUGUUAUUCGUUACGUUUUAAUUUAAAAUUUUAAUUAUAAAAAUAUAUCUGCGCGAUUUCAUUACAGGAAGCGCCAAAUUAUGAACCCAUUAUUUGUCCUAACCAAAGGCUUUAAAUUAUUAUCACAUAAUUUUUUAAAUAAUAAACUCACCGUAGUAAUAAAUUACGUUAGGCAUUACUUUUAAGUCUGCUAAUAACGAGGUACCUCGUUUUUUACUGUUUCGACAUCAGUGUGAAUUACAAAAAUGUUUAUUCCACUAGAGAGACAGCUAUUAUCACAUUGAUCAUUGGUCGAGUUAAUAGUCAACUCACGGCUUUAAAUAUUUUCUUAUACCUUUUGUAUAAUUGUAUCUCCAUUAUACAAUUAAAUGAAUUUAUAUUAAAUUGACAAAUUAUAAUGGUAACAUUCCUGAUAUUGCACCACACCAGUAUAUAAUUAGAUACUUCAUUAUGAUAGCAUUAAAUGUGAAAAUUAUGUUUAUCCCUGGUACCAAGGGUUAAUAAAUAAUAAUGAUGCUGAAUCACUAGAUAUCACUUGUAAAAUUCAACACAAGUGGUUUAGUAUAAUAAAAGGUACCUUUAAUCGUUUUGUAAACACAAUAUUAUCCUGAAUAAAAAAAUACUAUUUGUUUAUGAAUUACCUUUAUCUAAAUUUCCUGAUCACCAGAAUAGGUUUAGCAUCUCUAAUAGUACCUGGAUUAAAUGGUACGAUUUAUUUGUAUUCCCAGAAUGGACCCUAAAGAACCCUCAGUUCUGUAAUGUUUCAUGUAUUAUGUAUUAGACUUAAAUAUAUAUAUGCUUUUACUAUCUAUACUGGAGGCAUAUUGAGGUGCUCUCUACCUCUUCUACUGCCACCAUUGCAAUAUCAUAAAGUGGCAUCAGUUAAUGAUUACUGAGAAUAAAAGCCAAUAAUUAUAUUUAUAACUUUGAGCAUAGUGAAUUGAGUGUGAAGAGAUUAUUUAAACAUUUGGUAAAUUAGUUAUUUUUAACGUCUUGAAUAAAAAAAAUAUAGUAAAAUA